AUGGCGGAAGGAGGCGGUAUCGAUCGUCGCGCAGACGAGAAGAUGGAAUUUUCUACUUCGAAAGAGGUUACGGUUCACCCAACCUUUGAGUCCAUGUCAUUGAAAGAAAACCUCCUUCGUGGUAUUUACGCAUAUGGUUACGAGUCUCCCUCUGCUGUCCAAUCCCGAGCUAUUGUUCAAAUCUGUAAGGGGCGCGACACUAUUGCUCAGGCGCAAUCUGGUACCGGAAAGACUGCUACAUUUUCUAUUUCUAUGCUUCAAGUUAUCGAUACUGCGAUCCGCGAAACCCAAGCCCUCGUCCUUUCCCCGACUCGCGAACUAGCCACUCAGAUCCAGUCUGUUGUGAUGGCCCUAGGCGAUUAUAUGAAUGUCCAAUGUCACGCUUGCAUUGGCGGAACAAACGUCGGGGAGGAUAUCCGAAAACUUGACUACGGCCAGCAUAUUGUCUCCGGUACUCCUGGUCGUGUGGCGGACAUGAUUCGCCGCCGUCAUCUGCGAACCCGCCAGAUCAAGAUGCUCGUACUCGAUGAGGCAGACGAGUUGCUCAACCAAGGUUUCCGUGAGCAGAUCUACGACGUUUAUCGAUACCUGCCCCCUGCAACCCAGGUUGUUGUCGUCUCGGCUACGCUCCCUUACGAUGUCCUAGACAUGACAACCAAGUUCAUGACCGACCCUGUCCGUAUUCUGGUUAAGCGUGACGAGUUGACGCUUGAAGGUCUCAAGCAGUAUUUUAUUGCUGUCGAAAAGGAGGACUGGAAGUUCGAUACGCUAUGCGACCUCUACGACACUCUCACCAUUACUCAGGCCGUCAUCUUCUGCAACACCCGACGAAAGGUAGAUUGGCUAACCGACAAGAUGCGCGAGGCCAAUUUUACCGUCAGCAGCAUGCAUGGAGACAUGCCACAGAAGGAACGGGAUAGCAUUAUGCAAGACUUUAGACAGGGCAACAGCAGAGUUUUAAUAUCAACAGACGUUUGGGCUCGCGGUAUCGACGUCCAACAGGUCAGCUUAGUGAUCAACUACGAUUUGCCCAGCAACCGAGAGAAUUACAUCCAUCGUAUCGGUCGAAGCGGUCGUUUUGGCAGGAAGGGCGUCGCAAUCAACUUUGUCACAAGCGAAGAUGUUCGAAUCCUUAGAGAUAUCGAACUAUAUUACUCAACUCAAAUUGAUGAGAUGCCGAUGAACGUGGCGGACCUUAUUACUUAA